UGGGGUCCGCUGUCUCCAUAGACUGGGCACUGCGCGCCGCCGCCGCCGCUUCCACUGACAGCUCGGAUAUUUAAAGCACACAAGGGGGCAGGAAAACACACACUUCUCCCUCCGAGCCGCUCUUCUAGCACGUUUCCCACCUCUCUCCAAUCAUUUCCCUGCCGGCUGCAACUCUAUUCCUACAAAGGGGGGAGCACAGCUCAAUCCAGGGGCUAGCAACAAGUCCUAAAUGACUGCAGGGAGCUGAGAGUGACCAAGGAGCACCUACCUUCACCUCUCUCCACUUGUCUCCUUUAGGACCUUCCUCAUCAUCACCCAUUGAAGUAUCGAUCCACCACCAAGGGGAGAUGUUGGUGAAGGCAGAAGCUGGGAAGAAGGUGCUCUACAACUUGCAGAAGGGUGAGGAGGACAAGCCAAGGGAUGGAUGGGCAACCUGGAGUAGGACUUUGCCCAGCUUCCUGGCUUUGGUGCUGUCUCUCUUCUCUCUAGCAUCCUGCCUGUACCUGAAUGGGAAGAACGGGGAGCUGCAGGACAGGAUGGGGACUAUAGAGCAUGGCCAGUCUGGGGAGAUCUUCCAUGUGCCUGGAUUAUCUGUGGAUCAGCUCAACUCCAUAGUCCAAGAGAAGGUGGACCGACUUCUGUCCCAGAGGUCAUAUGAACACAUGGCGAAAAUCCGAAUCUCAAGAGAAGCGCCGGCAGAUUGCAACUGCCCAGCAGGCCCCCCAGGACAAAGAGGCAAAAGAGGUAGAAGAGGGGAACCUGGACCACCUGGUCAACCUGGAACUCAAGGUCCUGCUGGCCCGAAGGGUGACAAGGGAGAUCAAGGUGAUCAGGGCCCUCGGAUGGUGUUUCCUAAGAUCAAUCAUGGCUUUCUUUCUGCUGAUCAGCAGCUCAUUAAGCGCCGACUCAUUAAGGGUGACCAAGGACAGGCCGGGCCACCAGGCCCCCCUGGUCCUCCUGGACCACCAGGACCUAGAGGUCCUCCAGGGGACACCGGUAAGGAUGGACCAAGAGGAUUAUCUGGAGUUCCAGGAGAGUCGGGACAACCAGGUGAAACAGGAUUAGUCGGUCCAAUGGGGCCUCCUGGACAAAAGGGUUCUGAUGGAGAGCCAGGAUUCCCAGGACUUGAUGGACUAAAGGGAGAUCAAGGUGCACCUGGAUUAGAUGGCAUACAAGGGACGAAGGGUGAUCAAGGUGAAUCUGGUGAAAAGGGUGACAUGGGUGAAUCUGGUCCGAAAGGUGAAGCAGGAGAAAAGGGGGAUGCAGGGUCUUCAGCUGCUGGCAUCAAGGGGGAGCCUGGAGAGUCAGGUCGCUCUGGGCAAAAGGGCGAACCAGGGCUUCCUGGGCUACCCGGACUUCCUGGAAUAAAGGGGGAACCAGGAUUCCUUGGACCUCAAGGAGAACCUGGCCUACCAGGCCUUCCAGGAACCAAGGGUGAACGUGGAGAGCUUGGUCCUCCAGGGAGAGGUGAAAGAGGUCCUCAAGGAGCGUCAGGCCCAAAAGGAGAACCAGGUGAAUCUGGCUCUAGAGGCCUGAAGGGGUCCAAGGGGGAAUCUGGAAGCAGAGGUGAAGCUGGCCCCCUUGGUCCUAGAGGACCACCAGGACAAAAGGGAGAUCAAGGCGCAACAGAAAUUAUAGAUUACAAUGGAAAUAUUCAGGAAGCAUUACAGAGGAUUACCGCCAUUACAGUUACGGGACCUCCUGGACCACCUGGGCCACCUGGUUUGCCUGGAUCAAAGGGAGAGGGAGGCCCUAUUGGUCCUCCAGGAGUUGAUGGGGAGCAGGGCCCUAAAGGUUCCAAAGGAGAUCGUGGAGAGUCUGGUAUAGCGGGAGAGAAAGGAGGAAUUGGCCUUCCUGGAUUACCAGGUGCAAAUGGGCUAAAGGGAGAAAAAGGAGAUCAUGGUGCAUCUGGGCCUCAUGGAGCUUCUAUCAUUGGCCCUCCCGGCCCACCGGGGGCUCAUGGACCCCCAGGCCCAAUGGGACCACAUGGACUACCGGGUCCAAAGGGUGAACCAGGGUUAAAUGGUCUUAAAGGAUUGAGGGGUGAGCCAGGUCAAAAGGGUGACAGAGGACCACUGGGUCUUCCAGGAGCAUCUGGCUUAGACGGAAAGCCAGGACCCAGGGGCACGGAUGGUCCACUAGGCCCCCCUGGUCCAGCAGGUCCAAAAGGAGACAGGGGUGAAAGGGGAGUUGUUGGUGAUCCAGGACCUAGAGGACCAUAUGGUUUACCUGGUAAAGACGGUAAAGACGGGGAACCAGGUCUAGAUGGUUUUCCAGGUCCUCGAGGAGAGAAAGGUGACCCAGGAGACAGGGGAGAAAAGGGGGAAAAGGGAAAGAAGGGCAAAAAAGGUCCUAAAGGGGAGAAAGGAGAACAGGGUGCUCCUGGAUUAGAUGCACCUUGCCCGUUGGGACCAGAUGGGCUUCCAAUGCCUGGCUGUUGGCAAAAGUGACAAGUCUAACCACACAAGCAUGAAGUUGUAAAUAAUUAAAACUGUGUAUUUAUAGAUAAACAUUUAAAAUAAUGACUUCAUACGUUUACAUAUACCUGCUUCUACAUGUGCAUAUUUUGUCUUCUUGCACAAGCUAUUUGGCAGUAGUGAACACUGCUGAUGGAAUCUUCGAAUCUGUGGAGUUACUUGACCAUAAGUGUAUAUGACACUUUUUAUUAGUGCUUAGCUUUUAAACAUCUAUAUGCUUGGCUUGUAAUGUCAUGAAAGACCAUUUGUUGAAGACAUAUCUCCAUAUACUGACAAAUAACUCUUCUUACAAUUCAUUUCCAACCGAACCUCCAUGCCAAAUAGCACAAGUGAUUUGUGUCAUCUCAAUGUUUGUACAGACUAAUGACAUGCAUGAUGUUUCCGGAGUUUGCUGAGUGGUUGAACUUUAUAUGCUAGGCGAUUGAUCUUUGUGACUACUUACCCAAAUCCCUUAACAAGUCACUUUCAUUCAAUUGAAGGGAGUAACGCCAUGGCUCGUAGCAAGGAAGAGAUAAGGUGGUUGAGAUAUAAGAGCAAUGCUAUUCUGUUUUGGAGAUCCAUCCAGCAAUGUAUCAUCUCCUACUUGACAAGCCCAGAUCUACUACUGAGGCUCAAAGGUCCUGAUUGUCUUCAGCAUCUUUUCAUUCCAUGCUAACCACAGCCCUCCAGGAAGUACAAGAUGGGCAUAUCACAGUUAUCAAAUAUGUUCCAUGGAUGCCACAAAGUUUGGAGUUGAGUUGUCUGAGAGGCUGCAUACUGUGGUGCAUAUGAAAUACGGCAAUGGACAAGGUUUACCAAAAAUGGAAAGACCUAGUGUUCAUUCACAGACCAAUCCUGGCUCAUGCGUUUUUUUUUUAUAAACUAAGCAGCAAUGGAGAUCCUCCAUCCCAGAGAUCCUUUAAUUCUCUGAUGGGAGUAAAAUGUAUGACCCUGUGUGUGGCAGGAUCUUGCGAAUAUUGAUAUAAUGCAUUCACGUUCUCAUUAUUUUUAUGAAGACAUUUGUAAUGUGCAGUCUAUGGUUAGCCACAGUAAAAGUUGUGGUGCCAAAGGGUUUUGCUCUGUGCUUCUGCCUAACAUACUGAUAAUCAAUCAUCAUGCCUUAUUUUUUGCUGUUGUACUUUUAUUCACAAAGCCUUGAUAAAAGCAUUGAUGUAUUGAAGAGAUUAGAUGUUAGUGCAUAGCAGUCAUAUCAUCAUUGUGUGACUGAAUCGUUUUUGCAUAUUCCAAACCCAGACAGUGGUAAGAAUAUAGCUGCUUAUACAUUUAUAGAUGUAAUAUAUUAUUAGUCUAUGUCUUAUUAUUAUUGGUGCAGAAGAAAUGUUUAUUUUUGGUUUUAUUCUACUUAAAAAGGAAAAAAACUAAAAAAAAAAAACACCAUUGUUUUCACUUAAGACAGUAUUUUAAAGCUCUUUCUUUUAAUUGAGGGGCACAUUGCAUACAGAUAUGUAGAUGUGGGUAGGUAAAUAUUUUAUAGCCAGGUUGUGUUUUACUGUGUCUACAAACUGCUUGUAUGAUGCUGUCUUUAAAGCACAAUAUUGUCCAUUUUCGCGUGGUAAUCAUACUUUUCGAAGAUAUCUUUCUUAUAAGUAAUGGUUUUUACAAAUGUAUUCAAAGCAACGACACAGAUCCACUUCACUGUAUGUACAGAAAUGUAUUUUUUAUGGUUAUGAUGCAAUGAACCAGUAAUCCCCCGCCAUCUUUGUAAAAGGUUUGACUAAAAUGAGACAACGUGGGGUAGCUCUCUCAGGUAUUAAGUCAGAGGAACAGAUUUAUGAAGAAAAUGUAUUUUUAACAAAAUAAUAUCCUGAAGAGGCUUACCCUAAUGGUUGACUUGCUUUAUGCUAAAGCAUGCUAACAAAAAAAUCUAUAGUAUUUCCUUGUGUUUUCACACAUCAUGUGUGAGUUUGUUAAAAAAAAAAGGUUUAGAAGGGGAGAAGUGAAUUUCACUUUUUAUUCAAGUAUUGAGGUAUCAGUAGAUGAUUAUAGUUUUCAGGUAAAAUGGGAACAAAACACAGCUGACCCUCAUUAUAUGCUAUGGUAUCUAAUAAUAAUAGUUUAUUGAUACUGUAUGUCUCUUUCUUUAGUUUUGACAAAAGUUAAUAAGCAGUUUCCCCAUUGCAUUGACAAGUGAUGGUUUCAGAAAAUACAAGAUUUUCACUAAAAUAUAAAUUCAAUUUAUAUUUUCCUUCUUUGAUUUUUGUGCAUCAGAAAUUAAUGCUUUACUGGUUAAUGGUUAAUUCCAUCUUGUAGUUACAUGCUGUACUUUGUGUUUUAACAGUUAUAUGGUGCUAGCCAUUUUUGGUGGAAGCAAUUCCUGUAUCAUAUGUGGAUGCUUUCUCUAUUAAAACACAGUUGAACUCAUUGCUGUAAGCUAAGAAAA